AUGUCAUACCCGUCCGCCAUGACCAGCUUAAUUCACAACCCGCAAUUGCGCCUACUCAAUGCUCUCCGAGCAAACACGAAGCCUAUCAUGACCUUUCUAUGCCUUCCCUCCUUUCGAACCGCUCAAGUAGUAGCCCAGACCGGCGUCGACGGCAUUAUCAUCGAUUGUGAGCAUGGCUAUAUCAGCGAUGAUUCAAUGCACAGCUCGACUGCUGCCAUCGCUGCUAUGGGCGUGUCACCGCUUGUACGUCUCAGAACGACUCACUCAGAUUUGGUCAAAAGAGCUUUGGAUGCUGGUGCACACGGCAUCGUUGUGCCUCAAAUCAAUACUGCCGGAGAAGCCAGGGCCGUUGUUGCUUGUUCCAAAUUUCCCCCACAGGGUCUUCGUGGGCAAGGUUCGGCUUUUCCUGCAAUCACCCACGGCAUUGACAUUCCAACAUAUCUAACAACCGCGAACGAAACGCUCAUUACAUGUUUUCAAUUUGAAUCGAAGGCCGGCGUCAAGAAUGUUGACGCUAUCUGUGCUGUACCUGGUGUCGACAUGGUUUUCAUUGGACCAAAUGACCUUGCUUUAUCGGUUCUUGGCUAUGUUCCUGCGAAGGGCGAUGAGCCUGAAUUCGUCAGUGCCAUUGAAAAGAUCGUGGCAGCUGCCAGAAAGCAUGGCAAAUGGGUUGGCCGAUUAUCAAACGACGGGGCUUCAAGCAAGGAACAUCUGAAGAUCUUCGAUACCGUGGCGAUGAGUUAUGAUAUUCGAGCGAUCCAAAACUGGUAUACAUCUGAGUUGCAAGUUGCACGCGCAUGA